UAGGAUUUCCCCAUUGCUAACAUCUGCUGAAAAAUGGCUGACAAGAACGAAAUUAACGAGAUAUCGUUCAAUGAUGUGGUAGACUCUGAGACUGGUAUACCCAAAACAACCUUACGUUCUACACUUAUAUCAAGAGUUGAAAAGCCAAUAAAUCCUUGGAAAAUUUUACGCUCAUUAAAUAAAGCUCAAACGAUUACUUUUUUGGCUGCAUUUCUUGGAUGGACUUUGGAUGCAUUUGAUUUUUUUACUGUUUCAUUCGCUUUGCCUUAUAUUGCAAAGGAAUUCCAAAUGCAACCUUCCAAGAUUUCUGCAAGCAUUACAGUGACGCUGAUGUUUCGUCCAGUCGGUGCAUUAAUUUUUGGAUUAUUAAGUGACCGAUUUGGUAGGAGAUAUCCAUUGAUGGCUGACAUUCUAUUAUUUAGUACCAUGGAGUUUGCCUCAGGAUUUGCCCCAAAUUUUCAAUCCUUUAUCGUUUUAAGAGCAAUUUUUGGACUUGCAAUGGGUGGAGAAUGGGGUUUAGGUGCUGCAUUAACAAUGGAAAUUCUACCGCCUGAAGCUCGUGGCUUGGUUUCGGGUAUUUUACAACAAGGGUAUGCAGCUGGUUACAUAGUUGCCGCAAUAUUUUAUUAUUUAGUAACAGUAAAUCUCGGAUGGCGUGCCAUGUUCUGGAUCGGUUCCUUUCCCGCGCUACUUGUCAUAUUAUUGCGUUUUUAUGUCCCCGAAUCGCAACUAUGGGAGAGAUCACGUGAAAGCCAUAAAUCUAUUGGACAUAGUUGGAUUAAUGAAAUAAAAUUGGUUUUCAAACACCAUUGGUCAAAAAUAAUUCAUACUAUUUUGUUAAUGGCUGGUCUCAAUUUCAUAAGUCACGGUAAGAAGAAUGAUCAUAACAUAAUUAAUAGGUAUAAACGCGCAUUAAAUUAUUUUUUAUUAUCGAUAGGAACUCAGGACCUUUAUCCAACGUAUCUCAAAACACAACUUUUAUUUUCUCCAGAGGAAAUUACGGUAACAACAAUUGUAGCCAAUGUAGGAGCUAUAAUAGGAGGUGCGGUUUGCGGGUACGUUUCACAAUAUCUGGGUCGUAGAAGGACGAUUAUCGUUGCGAUGGUAUUAUUAGGUGCAUCAUUACCUUUAUUUGUACUCCCACGUAAUCGUGUCCUUUUGAGUGUUGGUGCAUUCCUCGUGUACUUUUUUGUUCAGGGAGCUUAUGGAAUUGCUCCUGCUCACUUGAAUGAGUUGUCUCCUCCGAAUUUUCGUGGCACAUUUCCUGGGUUCACGUAUCAAUUAGGUGUCCUAAUUGCUUCCUCAUCUGCACAAAUUGAAGCAGUGUUGGGAGAAAAAUUCCCCAAGGACGGGCUACCCGAUUAUGGUUUGACUCAAGCAAUUCUUACGGCAUGUGCUGCUUUCUGUCUAAUCAUAUUGGCCUCUAUUGGAAAGGAAGCGAAAAAUGUGGAUUUUGUCGAAGUAGAAAUUGUAGAUGAUUUAAAGUCUGAUACGAAGCAAGAUGACACAGAAAAAGAAAGCCUACAUGAAUAAAUAAGUAAAUUAAUUCUAUUUCUUGUGCAUAUUUUUUUUUCAAAUUACUGUAUAAUAUAAGUCUUCUUUCUAUUGUGUAUUGUAAUUAUCAGUUAUUAUUUUGUU